AACAGAAUUAUCGACACAUACUCGCCAAAAACAAUAGACAACUACUUGUGCUGGACUUUUAUUGCCCGAUAUUUGCCUUAUUUAGGACCUCAAUUCAGACGAUUAUUUUCCGAGUUUAGGGCUAAGGUUCCCGAUAUGUCCGUAGAGACGGGCGAUCCAAACGGUUCGUCGCGAAUAUUUUUGUCGCGUUGGAAGGAAUGCGUUCAUGUGGUCAGUGAGGGACUCGAUGUGCCGGCUAUUGUCCUCUAUCUCCAUCAUAAGCAACAGGCGUUGGACUCAAUGACCGCUAAAAUAAACGAUUUGAUUAAACAAAUGAAGGAAGCGUUUAAUUUAAUCAUAGAUUCCCAGCAAUGGUUGGACUCGAGUGCCAUCAAAGAAAACUUUAAAAAUCGAGUCAAUUCUAUUCAAAGCAAAAUAGGAGUUCCAAAAGUUCUAACUAACGAGUCAGAAGUAAAUUUACUGUAUGAGGGACUGGAGAUUGAUUCUCAAGAUGUAUUCAUUACAAACAUAUUCAAAAUGGCCAGACAUCAGGUGAUGCUUGAACUCAAAAAGUUAAAUCGUUUGGUAGAUCCCGAAGAGGAGUGGAUUAUUCAGCCAUUGAUUGCAAACGCAUAUUACGAUCCCAUAACUAAUAACAUAAUAAUGCCGCCAGGAAUUCUACGAUUUCCAUUGAUAAGUUUUCAAAGACCAGGUUAUCUUGAUUUCGCCACUUUGGGUAUUGUGAUCGGACACGAGAUUUCACAUUCAAUGGGCACUGACUCACGAAAGUUCAUGAAAUACACAAAUGGGACCAAUUGGUGGACGGAUGAGAUUAACAAAGUCUACAGAGAAAAGGCUAAUUGCUUUGCACAGCAAUAUAAUCAAUAUCUAAUUGAAUCGACCGAUGAAUAUCUCAAUGGAAACCAUACUCUUGAGGAAAAUAUCUGUGAUUUUGCAGGUCUUCAGCAGUCAUAUACGGCUUAUAAGCUUAACAAAGACAAUACGUUUGUACAGUUGCCGGGACUCACAAACUAUACUUCAGAUCAACUAUUUUUUAUACAAUACGCUCAGAUUUGGUGUGAAGUGGUUAGUCUUGAGGGACAUCGUCGCAGUCUACUCGAUGACCACAGCCCCGGUAGAUAUCGGGCCAAUGGAGUUUUAGUGAAUUCCGAGCAGUUCUCCAAAGCAUUCUUGUGUCCAAAGGACUCAGUGAUGAACCCUUCAGCGAAGUGUGGCCUUUGGAACUCCAACUAUGGCUGAGAGUAUCCAAUGAGACCAGACUUCCUCUCUGGCCAUCAAUGCAUAUAUUGAGUACAAACUAGAGAUUUAUAUCAAUGUUAACAUUCAUGAGUUUCAAAUUGUUUUAUUAACUUUUAUUAUGCAAAUCUAUAUAUCAUUAUAAAUGUC